AAAAAAAUCAUUAAUCACAAUAAUGGACACCAUAAGGUGUAUCUUAAUUUCCUUUGUGGUUUUCACCACAACGGCCGCUUGCGCCGCUUCGGACGACGAGGUAUGGAAGCAACGCGCGGAGGAAGCUAAACUAGCCGCCCGUCGAGCCUAUCAACCUGAUCCGUUGCUCAUCUCGGAUAAUCUCAACAAGCAUGUUCAAAGGUCCAUAUUGGAAGGCAACUACACCUCAAGGAGAGCCCUAUCCGGGAUUUCCACCGUCGGAUGCCAAGCCACGAACCCCAUCGACCAAUGCUGGCGGUGCCAGAGGAAUUGGGCCAAGAACCGUCGGAGGCUGGCGGACUGCGCCCUGGGGUUCGGCCGCCACACCACCGGAGGCAAGGCGGGCCGCACGUACGUCGUGACCGACCCUUCCGACAACGACCUCCUCAACCCUAAAAAGGGCACCCUGAGGCACGCGGUCAUCCAACCAGAGCCCCUGUGGAUCGUGUUCGCCCGCAACAUGGUCAUUCGUCUCUCGCAGGAGCUCAUCAUGACGAGCAACAAGACGAUCGACGGGCGUGGGGCCCAGGUGCACAUCACGGGCGGGGCCGGCCUCACGCUCCAAUUCAUCCACAACGUCAUCAUACACAACAUACGGAUCCACGACAUCAAGUCGGGUAAUGGAGGACUAAUCCGUGACUCGAUCGACCACUACGGGUACCGAUCGAGGAGCGAUGGGGAUGGCAUAUCCAUGUUCGGGGCAACCAACAUAUGGAUCGACCACGUGUCGCUAUCGAAAUGCACCGAUGGCUUGAUCGACGCAAUCGAGGCCUCCACGGCCAUCACCGUCUCCAAUUGCCAUUUCGCGCAACACAACGAGGUUAUGUUGUUCGGAGCUAGCGAUAGCUACUCGGAUGACCAAAUCAUGCAAAUAACUCUAGCGUUCAACCAUUUCGGGAAGGGGCUCGUGCAAAGGAUGCCUCGGGUGAGAUGGGGCUUCGUGCACGUGGUCAAUAACGACUACACUCGGUGGCUAAUGUACGCCAUCGGUGGUAGCCAACACCCGAACAUACUUAGCCAGGGCAACAGUUUCACGGCCCCUGACAAUGCAUUUGCCAAAGAGGUCACGAAGAGAGAUUAUGCGCCCGAGAGCGUAUGGAAGAAUUGGGCUUGGAAAUCAGAAGGAGAUGUGAUGAAAAAUGGGGCGUUUUUCGUAGAAUCUGGCGACCGAAGCCACAAAUUCGCACAAGGCGGGGAUAUGAUCCCACCUAAGCCCGGGAGCUUUGUGCCUUUGCUCACCAAAUUUGCAGGCCCUUUGCAUUGUGUCCCCAGAAAGCCUUGUUAAUCACUUAAGAAAAAAAUAAAAAACACAAAAAAUUGUUACCUGAAAUGCAAAUUAAGCUGAUUAAUUAUUAUAAGUUUGAUGUACUACAGUACUAAUUCCAAUUGUUCUCUCGUAUGCAUUCUCACCAGUUGUUUUGGUUGAUUUUGGCCGCUCAAAACUCAUGUUGAUGAGGUCUAAACGAGUUAACUUGAGCUCGGAUUCAAACUUAUAUCGGUUCAACUAGUUAACCAAAUGAGCCAGUACACGGGCACUCGUGGUUUGUUUAUUAAUAUUAACGAGCCAAACUCAAGUCUUAACAGAACUGAUUUAAGGCAAAAUUUUGAAAAAUUAUGUAAAGAC